AUGAUUAUAAAUAGCUCGGACAUAUUUUGUAACUAUGAAGAAAUAGGUAACUUCACCAACAACUCGUCAUGUGUAAACACGACUCAGUCCUCACCCAGCUUCAUCGACCUGGCGACUUUUAUGCACAUAUUCCCGUCCAUAUACGGCAUCCUGUGUACUAUAGGAGUGAUCGCCAACGGUUUGGUGAUAUACGCAGUGGCAACAUGCAAGAAAAAGAUUGUCUCAGACAUCUACGUGCUGAACUUGGCCAUCGCAGAUAUGCUCUUCUUGCUGGUGAUGCCCUUCAACAUUCACCAGCUGGUCCGGGACAGACAGUGGGUGUUCGGGAACUUCAUGUGCAAAGCUGUCGUGGUGGUGGAUGUUAGCAACCAGUUCACUACCGUGGGGAUUGUAACGGUGCUAUGUAUUGACAGAUACAUUGCCAUCGUCCAUCCCACCUCAGAGAAGCGGACCAUCCAGUGGACCAUCAUCAUCAACAUCCUGGUGUGGGUCGGCAGCUUCCUGCUCACCGUGCCCGUCAUGAUCUACGCCAUGGUGGUGAGGAAGCACGACUUGGCGAUAUGCAUGAUGUUCCUGGACGGUCCUGAGGACAUGUACUGGUACACUCUCUACCAGUCCAUCCUGGGCUUCAUCUUCCCUCUCAUCAUCAUCUCCACCUUCUACUCCCUCACCCUCUACCACGUCUUCAGAUCCAUCCGCCGAGUCAAGCGUAAACAGUCUGUCUGGGCGAAGCGCGCCACCAAGACCGUGGUGAUGGUCAUUGCUCUCUUCCUGGUGUGCUGGAGCCCGUAUCACGUGAUCCAGGUGAUUAACUUGAGCAACAACAGGCCGACCAACACCUUUGUGUAUGUCUACAACAUCAGUAUCUGUCUAAGUUACUCCCACAGCUGCAUCAACCCUCUGAUGCUGCUCAUCUUCGCUCAGAACUACCGCGAGCGUCUCUGUCACAGGAAGGAGUUGAGGAGCUCACAGCAGAACUCCUCCAAGACCACUGUGGUCAAGACAGACGGCUCCAGCGUGGCCACCGACCCCAACUACCGCAGCACAGCCAUGUAA